AUGGCGGCUUCUGCAACAUCUAAGCUUCUUCUGUCUGAUUUCGCCUCCACCGUUAGUCAUGUCCCUUCAAACUACGUCCGACCCAUCUCCGACCGUCCAAACUUGUCCGAGGUUGAGACUUCCGGCGAUUCUAUCCCUCUGAUCGAUCUUUGUGACCUCAACGGACCUAAUCGAGUUGAGAUUCUUCAUCAACUUGCCUAUGCAUGUUCCACCUAUGGCUUCUUCCAGAUCAAGAAUCAUGGAGUACCAGAUACUACCAUCGAAAAAAUGCUAACCGUUGCAAGAGAGUUUUUCCAUCAACCGGAGAGCGAAAGGGUCAAACAUUACUCGGCGGAUCCAACAAAGACGACAAGAGUAUCCACCAGUUUCAAUGUCAGCGCAGACAAAAUCAUGAACUGGAGAGACUACCUUCGAAUCCAUUGCUUUCCUAUCGAAGAUUUCAUCGAAGAGUGGCCCUCUAAUCCCGUCUCUUUCAGAGAAGUCACAGCCGAAUACGCUACAGGCGUAAGAGCUUUGGUGCUAAGACUUUUUGAAGCCAUCUCAGAGAGCUUAGGCCUUGAAAGGGACCAUAUAAGCAACAGACUAGGCCAACAUGCUCAACACAUGGCCUUUAACUAUUAUCCGCCGUGUCCCGAGCCUGAGCUAACUUAUGGACUUCCAGGACAUAAAGACCCAACCGUUAUCACUGUCCUUCUCCAAGACCAAGUCUCUGGUUUGCAAGUCUUUAAGGAGGAUAAGUGGGUCGCUGUUAAACCUAUUCCCAACACUUUCAUCGUCAACAUCGGCGACCAAAUGCAGGUCAUAAGCAAUGAUAAAUACAAGAGUGUGCUUCAUAGAGCUAUAGUGAACACCGAGCAGGAGCGUUUAUCGAUUCCGACAUUCUAUUUUCCAUCUACAGAUGCAGUGAUUGAGCCUGCAAAGGAGCUGAUCAAUGAAAAAGAUUCUCUUGCUGUUUACAAAAGUUUUCCAUUUGUUGAGUAUUGGGACAAGUUUUGGGACAGAUCACUCACUACUGCAAGCUGCCUCGAUGCCUUCAAAGCUUCAAUCAUCUAA